AUGCAAGUAACCAAGCAGCUACAAGCCCACAUAAUAGUCGCCGGACAUCAACUUCAGCAAGAGCAGUACCUCCAAAAGCUCAUCACCUUCUUCGCCAUCUCCAACUCUUCGUCUCUGCACCAUGCCUGCCUCAUCUUCUCCAACAUCCUAACCCCAUCAUCCUUCCUUUACAACAUCAUGAUCAGAGCAUACGCUGCCAGCUCCGAUCCCCGUCAAGCAUUAAAUCUCUACAAUCAAAUGCUAGUAGAAGGCACCCCGCCGGACAAUUACACCUUCCCUUUCUUGCUCAAAGCGUGUUCCAUUCUCCCCCAUCUCUCCAAAGGCAAAGAGACACACUGCCAAAUUCUCAAGCACGGCCUCCACUCUGAUAUCUUCAUCCAAAACGCGUUGAUCCACCUCUACGGAUGCAAUGGCAAGAUCGAGUUGGCACAUCGAGCCUUCCAGGAGAUGGGUUUUGAUCGGGAUAUUGUUUCGUGGACCACUUUGGUCCAUUGCCUGGCGAACUUCGACUCUAUUGAGUCGGCACGUAGGCUGUUCGAUAAAAUGCCGACGAGAAGCGUUGUUUCAUACAGUGCCUUGAUAUCCGGCUAUGUUCGUGUGGGACGUUAUAAGGAAGCAUUAGAGCUGUUUCGAGAUUCUCAAAUGGCGGCCAUGGAACCUAAUGAUUGUACGAUCAUGGGUGUCCUUUGUGCCUGCGCUAAUCUUGGGGCUUUGGAUUUGGGUCGGUGGAUUCAUUCCUAUAUCUCCCAGAGAAAAGGGACGAUUAUGGAUACUCAAAAAAAUACUGCGCUAAUUGAUAUGUACUUCAAAUGUGGGAGCAUAGAAAACGCACUGCACGUCUUCUUGGGAACCAAAGAGAAGUUGGUGGGUGAAUGGACUGCUAUGAUAUCCGGGAUGGCCAUGCAUGGUCUUGGCCACAAAUCCAUUGAGUUGUUCGAAGAAAUGCUGAGCUCAGGAGUUAAACCCAGCGCUGUAACCUUUGUCGCACUGCUCUCUGGAUGCACUCAUUCGGGAUUGGUGGACAAAGGUCUGGAGUAUUUUGGGAGGAUGAAAGAAGAGUUCGGGAUUGAACCCACGAUUGAACAUUUUGGUUGUGUGGUCGACCUGCUCAGUCGAGCUGGACAGAUUGAACGAGCACUCCAAUUCAUCCGGGAGAUGCCAAUGGAGGCUAAUUCUGCCAUCUGGGGUGCUCUUCUGAAUGCCUGUAGGGUAUACAAGAACGUGGAGAUUGCUGAAUUAGCUGGGGAAUGGUUGGUUAACGAGCAGCCAUGGAAUAGAGCUCUGUAUGUGGCUUUGAUGAGUUUGUAUAGAGAAGCUGGGAGAAGGGAAUGUGUGAAGAAGGUGAAGCAGGAGAUGGAGAAGGCUGGUUGUAGAAAGUACCCUGGGUGUAGUUUGGUUGAAGUGAACGGCAUCUGUUAUGAGUUUGUGGUGGGCGAUAAAUCACUACCUUAUGUUUCAGAAUUGUGUUACAAUUUGGGUCAAUUGGUCAUGGAAGUGGAGGAUGAUAGUAACAAUGAUGAUAAUUGGAUCAUCGCACAUUACACCGGCUGA